CUAUCCACCGGGGUACCCUAGUGUGACACCAAAACUAAAAGGGCAGGAAACGUCUGUAUCGUGUAUACAUGUUUUUCUAGUCACACAAAUGCCUCUCUUACUACAUAUUCCCAUUCGCCAUCUCCACGCCAAAUAAACACAGCCCCAGCCACACUCUUCACCUCGUCGUUUCAAAGCUUUAACCCUUUCUCUUCAAUUGUAGGGUUCUCAAUGGAUAGGCCUAAACCACAGAGCAAAGAAAGAGUUCCGUGCGAUUUCUGCAGUGAACAAAUUGCAGUUCUUUAUUGUAGGGCUGACUCAGCUAAACUAUGUUUGUUCUGUGACCAACACGUUCAUUCAGCUAAUUUAUUAUCAAGAAAACAUGUAAGGUCACAGAUCUGUGAUAACUGCAGUAAAGGUCCAGUUACAGUACGAUGUGGAACUGAUAAUUUAGUGUUAUGUCAAGAGUGUGAUUGGGAUGCUCAUGGUAGCUGUUCUGUGUCUGCUUCACAUGAUCGUACCCCAGUUGAAGGAUUAUCUGGAUGUCCAUCAGCUUUAGAGUUGGCUUCAAUUUGGGGAUUUGAUCUUGAAGAUAAGAACUUUGAUGAAUCAGAACCGUUGAGUAUUGAUGAUAUGGUGAUGCAAAUUGAGCCUUCUUGUUCCUGGGUGUUUAAUAAGUCUAGUGGUUACCAAGAUUUAAUAGUGCCUAAUGAUAAAGGCAUAAUCUUUGGGAAUAUGAGUUAUGGAGGAGAGAUGUUGAUGGGGUCGAAACGGAAGCAAAGUCCGAGUUGUGGGAAGGAUAAGCAGGUGGUAUAUAAACAGUUGAUGGAGUUAUUAAAGAGGAAUUUGAUGAGUGCUGAUGGUGGUGGUGAUAGCGGUGGGAAUUUGGUUCCAGAGACGCCGAUUAAGAGUGGUUGGCAAGGGGAUAAUAAUGCGGAGGGAGGUGAUUUUGGGAAUGGAAAUCAUGGUGGUGUCAAUGUUAUUCCUCAACAACAAGAAGUGGGGUUUACAUCAUUGCUUACGAUGCCUUCACAGAUGGAUCUGAAGUCGAUUGCUCGCGGUGAGCUUAGUACUGAGGAUCAUUUGAUGUGGGACAACAAUGCCAGUGCUCGUGGCACUCAGAUAUGGGAUUUUAAUUUAGGACAACUGAGGACUCAUGAUGAAUCUGACCAAUUCGAGAUUGCAUAUGGAACAAAUGGUGCCGGUUUCAUGAUAAAGAAUUUUGGUGAACUAAUGAAAGAUACCUCACUGAGUAACGAAAAGCUGUUGGGAGAUAUGUACCGGAUAAGUUGCCCUAAUGCACAUGAUGAUAUGACAUUAUUUAAUAACAACUCAAAUAACCCAACAGCUAGCCAGGGUCCAGCCACAUCUGAGAGCAACAACCUACCUAUAGCAAGGGCAUCACUAGGGUCAACUUUUGGCAAGAUGAAGAGAACUUGUGGAAGCAAGGAUGUUGAAUUCCCGCAACAGAGAAUAAUUGUCAGAGGUGACAGUAUGAGAACGGUGCCACCAACCAAGGCCGAUAUGGAGCAGCUGGCAAAGAACAGAGGCAUUGCCAUGCAGCAUUACAAGGAGAAGAGAAAAAAUCGAAGAUAUGAUAAGCACAUACGAUAUGAAUCGAGAAAGGCGAGAGCUGACACCAGGAAGCGAGUGAAGGGUCGAUUUGUGAAGGCUAGUGAUGCUCCUGAUGAUUGAAGUAAUGCUGUGGAUAGAGCUUCUUGCUCUGAUUGUAAAUAUUCACAGUAAAUGUAUAAUUCAGCAGUCAUUAUUUCUGUGCUUUAAUCCAUGCAAUGCGGGUGAAGCAUGCAUGCUUGCGCCUAUCCAUCCAUUUGAAAUUUUGGCCAUUUUAUAAGAGCAGAGAUGGCAGGCGGCUGAGGAGAAGAGCAGAGAUAAAAACUUGCAGGCUGGAUAUGAUAAAUGAUGAUGGUACAUCCGAUAAUUGAAGAAGCUGAUGGGCUUUUCUUACGCCCAGCCAGCUAGUUUCGAAACAUAUCCCGUUAUAAUCUAUCAGUCAGGUUUUUUUCCUUGUCCCACGGAAAAGAGAUAUAGAUUAGGCCUUCAACUUUGCAUGAAAAAUGCUGUAACCAAGUCAUUGAACUGUGCUUGGCCUUUUCCGGUUUCAAUCCUUGUUGUGACUACAAACCCUGGAAGUGCUUUUGCGAUUGCUUGGAACUUAAAUGGAAUUCAUGCGAAAACGCCAUCCACGUAUUGAUUGGUGGAUUGUCAGUGAAACAAAACUUGAUAAAUGAAAUCCUGUAAGUCUAAAUUGACAUCAUACGGGGUCUAGUUUCAAAGGCCUGGGCGAUAUGUGGCUGCAGCCAUCAAGAAGAAGCAAUCGAAGUUGCUCAUUAUUCUGUGUAUAGCCAAUUUCAAUGAAAUUAUUUACAUGAAGUUA